AAUGUCAACAUGGCUGAUGCUGCAGCAGCUCGUCGCGAAGCUCGCAGAAGAAGAAUAUUAGAAAAUUCUCAUAAUAGGCUCCAACUAAUAUCUGGAAAAUGUGGCGACGAGCAACCUAGAGAAUCUCCGGUCAGAAACACAAUUCCUGAUCCAAUUCACGAGAUUUCGCAUUCCUCAAACAUAAGCAGUAGCAAGACGUCACUGAAUAAUGGUGUGAUUGUCUCCGAACCUGAUUCAUUUGAGUUGUUAACAUCACUCAAUCAUGACAUCGCGGCAGGCGAUGGAGAGGUACCCAGUGAUUUGGCACCUUUUGUAUCACCGGCACCAGAGCCAACGCCAACACCAUCACCCUGGGAGAAACUCACUAAUUACAAAUACGAUAUAGUUUUGUUGUCACUUUUAAUUCAAUUACUGUACAGUUUGUCAUUGGUCACAUUCGAUGGUACUUACUUUUUCUUACCAGUACUAAUUUAUGUCAUUACAAAAUUAAUCUGGUUUCCGUCACAAAGUAAUUCUAAACUUGCUAAUGCCUUGCAACUUUUACAUGUCGUGUCUUCACCUCGAGUAAAGAAAGUUAUAUAUUUGACCCAAUGUAUGGGUGUAAUAUCAUGUGACAUUUGUGUGUAUCUGUUUACUACAAUUUGCAUACAAUCAUUGUUCAUCACCUUGAGGGAUGGAUUAAUUACAUAGUAAUUACUUCAUUUGCACCCAUGUUGAGGGCAUUACAUUGACUGAGCAGUAAUUUAACAAUAGCAGGCUAGAUUAAACUGGGGUAAGGUUCAAAAUUCAAUGUGGGUGUUAUUAUAAAUUUCUAAUCUUUGUGUACUGAACCACUAAUGUUGAAUUUUGAAGACACUCCAUAAUGUUCCAUAGUUUUGAUUGCUUGUGCCUUUUUACAUAAGUGAGAAGUUGUGACAUGUGUGCGUUUUAGUCACAUAUUGCCAUUUUUAGUUUUAAAUUAGAAUCAAUUUUGUAUAUAGUGGUGUCAACAGAAAUUCUAGUUAUUUUCAUGUAAUCUAAUUAUUGCUGGACACAAUUAAUUGUUAUGUAAUAUCACUGUUAAUAUUUAUUUUUUGCAUUUAAAUU